UUGUUAUUUGGAAUUGUGAGUUGUGUAGUCGUUUGUUAAAAAAUAUUUUACAAAGACUGUAUAUUGUAUAUUUCAAUUAACUUUGUUCCUUUGAUAAGCAACAAUGGAAGAAGGUGUUUGUGUUAAAAAUGAGGAAAAAAAUAUCGAUAUUAAACAAGAGAGCAUGGAAACCAUUAAAUUUGAAUUUGAUUCUGGUAGUGAAGAUAGUAGCAAAGGUGGCAGCGGUGGUUAUCAACGGUGGGCGCCCAAUUUGAAUGGAGUCAGGAAGAGUGCAUUUACGCCGUACAAAUCAGUGCAGUGUACUGCGCUCACCAAUUUACAGAGAGUGUUCAAGGUCAUCAUUGUAGGUAACACGCAGGCGCGAGUUCCGGAGCUGCCUCAGCCCGAUUGUAGCUUUCACGCGAAGGCUGGCCGCGGCGAGAUAUCCCGCGAGGACGUGAAGCUGGAGCAAUAUGUCGAUACCACGGACGAGCAUGGCCUCACCGCCCUGCACUGGGCCGCUAGCUAUGGACAAUUAAAUAGUUGCCAGGACCUUGUUUGGUGUGGUGCUAAUGUUAACAUGCGGGGCCCUGAAGGUGAGACAGCAUUACAUCUGGCUGCGGCUGGUGGACAUCAUGAGGUUGUAAAAUUUCUCUUGAGUGAAGGAGCUGAUGCUGACAUACAGGAUGAUUCUGGUAGCACAGCUCUAAUGUACGCAGCCGCUGCCGAUUUCCCUUACACCUGCAAUGAACUCCUCAUCCACGGAGCUGACCUCACCCUAACCAAUGACUAUGAUCAAGAUGCUUAUACUUUAACUACUACAAAUAAUUGCAAAUUAGCACAAACUGUGAUAGAAAACUUCUUGAUUGGCUGCCUCAGCAAAGUUUAAGAGGAGAUAAAUAAUUCAGUUUGCUUUGGAUCAUACAACCACAGCCAAUUCAUUUGCUUACAGUGAAGUUAAUGAAAAUACAGGGAUUUAGUUUAUAACAAAUAAUAUAUUUAUAUAAUUUUAAGUUCAACAUAUACAAACGUGAUGUAAAAUGACUCAAUAGACAGACAAUAUAAAAGUUAUCCUUAAACCUA